AUGAAAACAAUCGAUCCACAAUUUCAGGAUGUGAUUGGUAAUGCCUCGGACGGUACUUCUAUGGACUACUUGAAGGUUUGCAAGAUCUAUGGCUGUGAAACAUGUCACGGAAAGGUAGACCACUACGCGUACGAAAAGGACAUGAAACGUAUGAAAACACCGAAACUGACGUUCUCUCUUGAUGGUUGCAAGGAUAAUGAGGGACAAGAGCAAUGCGAACAGCUUCUUUUGGGUCGCCAGCUGAAUUGUGCCAAAGAUGAAGACAAAGCUCGCUAUUCGGAUCCGUGGAGAUGUGAAGUGCAGCUUGCGUAUCAGAAGAUGGACUGCAAUGAAGAUACAGAAACCGCCAGCUGCUGCGUCACAUGUUCGUUAUAUCGCAAUUAUAUGCGCUCAGACUGA